CUUCCCUUCAUUGAGUAACGACGCUAACGAAAAGUGGAUUGCCUGGUUCAGUAUUUUGGAAUACCUCAGACGCACAUCAAAUGUAAGUUUGUUUAUGGAAUUGAAUGAUUUUGCAGUCGUGAUAAUACAUUAAUUAGGCUAUGGCAAUUUCAAAUCAUUUUAGUUCAACUUCAAUUUUAACAUUGCUCAAUGCUCAAUCAAAUCUUAAUUAAUAUUAUAGGAUACAAGCACAUUAUUGUCUUAAAUGUAUUUGUUCAAAUAAUAAAUACACAAAAGUUCAUAUAAGUUGAGGCCUAAUAAAGGAUAAAAAAAGUAAUGAGAAAUGCAUUCUUUGUCAGAGUUGGCUGCUUUUCAUGUUAACAGCAGAAUCUUACUAAAGAGCGCAUCUAUUUCACAGACAAAAAAGUAAUGACUUUGAAUAAAGGUGACAAAUUGCGGAACAUGGACAAAAGGAGAGGGAGCAUGCCGUUUCCCAUGCACCUGCAGAACCUGCACAGAAGAAGCAUGCCGGUGGAUGACCGCGAGAUGCGCAAGGCGCAAACUGGAGAGCUGUCCAACCUCAUGCGCUGCACGUCCUACACCCCCGGGGAGCCUUACCGAGACAGCUGUGUAUCGGACUCGUCCGAUUCCGUUAUCUCCUCCGGCAGCGACUCCGGGGGACAGGUGUACAAGGUGGUUCUCCUCGGCGAGCAGGGUGUCGGAAAGUCUAGCCUGGCACGUAUUUUCGGUGGAGUCGAGGAUGGUCACGACUGCGACGAGACAGGUGAGUGUCUGAUGACCAUUACUGAUGAUGAUGGUGUUGAAGUUUAUAUGGCAUUGAAAAUACACUACAAUGAAAUACGUUAUCAAAACAAAGAAAAUAACUGUUUGACUGUGGCUGUUCUCAGCACCCCAUUAAAGCUAAUGCACAUAGGCUCCAAACUAAGUAAAUAUAGGAUUUGGUUUCCAUAUAAUCUUGGCACACAGGCUGAAGAACAUUGAUUAUUGCUUAUUUCCAUCCAGUCAGUAAGGCGUCACACAUAUCAAAGUACUGCUGUUGACAUAUACAGCCACAGAGAUAGUGGAUGGGAGAUAUGAAAAUCAUUGACUGAGGGAAGGAGACAGUAAUGCACUGUAAUACCCAUCACAGAUAUAGGUUAAUUGAGAGUUAAUAAGCUGUACUAAAGGCAUCAUGAAAUGGGAAAUAGAAAUGGGCAAUAGUGAGUGAGACCUCACACUUUACCCAGUUAGUGGGUUUAUAACAUUGUGGCCAGGAGUAUUUAUCUGUCUGCUUGCUUUUGUUUCAGGAAACACAUAUGACAGAUCGUUCGAGGUGGACGAGGAGGAGGCGUCCAUCUUGUUGUACGACAUUUGGGAACAGGUGAGGCAUAUAAUGCAAAUGAUGCAAUUUCAGUUUGACCCUCAGUAAAAUUGGUCUUAGUCAUAGCAUAUCAUUUGAUGUACUGCGUAGUGCUCUAAUGCUGAUGUAUAAUAUCAUAUAUCACUAUAAUAACUUUAAUUUGAGCACCUGUAGCUUUUGAUUAGAUAAGCAAUGUAACUAAUGUAAUUAUAUUUCUCUUCGCCUUCAGGAUAACAGUCAGUGGCUGAAGGAACAGUGCAUGAGGAUAGGUGACGCCUACAUUAUCGUCUACUCAGUGACAGACAAGUCCAGCUUUGAGAAGGCGUCAGAGCUACGCAUCCAGCUACGCAGAGCUCGCCAGACUGAGAACAUUCCCAUCAUCCUUGUUGGAAAUAAGAGCGAUCUGGUGCGGUCCAGAGAAGUCUCUGUGGAUGGUAAGUGACAGUGAUCUUUGCCUAGUGCUACUUAUUUUAGAAUUACUGCUAUAGUUAAAGCUAGUAUAAAGGUGUUAUGCAAAGGCAUAAUGAUGAGGGUGAAGUCACUGUCCCCAUGGAACACUAUAGAUUCUCACCUGCGCCUCCCCUCCUUUUUUUGGCAGAGGGCAGCGCCUGCGCUGUGGUGUUUGACUGCAAGUUCAUCGAGACCUCAGCCAAUCUCCACCACAAUGUCAGGGACCUGUUCGAGGGCAUCGUCCGGCAGAUCCGCCUUCGCAAAGACAGCAAGGAGGAGAACGCUCGCCGUAUGGCCAACUGCAAACGACGCGAGAGCAUCGGCAAGAAGGCCAAGCGUUUCCUGGGCCGUAUGGUGGCCCGGAAGAACAAGAAGAUGGCCUUCAGACAGAAGUCCAAGUCCUGCCAUGACCUUUCGGUCCUCUGAGAGUAUAGUAUCUGGACUGCUGUUUUCUCUUUGGCCUUCAAGACCAGACGCUGUGUGUUUUUAACACUAACCCCAAGGACUGAUAGAGCUGUACAGAAAUUAUAUAUUUUAUUAUAUUAAUUAAAUACAACAGACAUGUCCAUGAUAAUGAUCUGGCUUUUGAAGUUUCAUUAUUUAAUUUUUUUGUCUGCCUUAUGUAUAGCUGUUGAUACUUCUUGUGUAUGUAUAUUCAAUCCACAAAGGCUUGUUAUUUUCAACCAUGAGUUGUAAGAUUGCCUUGAUAAUGGGGGACAGUGUGUUUGGUUCUACUGCAUGUAGUGUUGGUCGUGUUGUAUAUAGCCCUCAUGAAAGAUUACAUGAUGGUACACUGUCCUGAAAAGCAAUGGAACUGUAAGCCCUAUGAGUGAUUUCCCUGCAUUCUGUCACCUGGAGUCAUUUUUACUUGAAACUGGGUACGCAGGUUCGUACUUUGGCCAUGAUACUGAGGAGAGGAACAAUGUGUAAUGGGGGUUAGGCCAGGUUUUGGAAAAAUAUAUGAUUCUAUUGUCCUAACCUUCAGUCCAGAUGUGAAUGAAGAAAGCAAUAAUAAGUUAUAUUUGUCAUGUGAAUUUAACGUUUUGUUUUAAAUAUAGUUGAUUUGCACUUCAUUUUAAUAUUCAAUAAUUUUGUUAUGUUUACAUUUGAUUUUUUUUAAUAAAAAAAAGAAAUACAAAUA